UAUUUUUUUGAGGAAUGCACAGUUGUAGAGAGGGAUGGGAUUUUGGUAAUGGAUGAAAUCAGAGACUAGAUUGUUGUGAAGAGUUUAAAGCACAAAACUAAAAAAAUAUUCUCGUCUUCAGAGUGUAAUAGUAGUAACCAUGGAAGUGGGUUUACAGUUACGGAGGCCGGUGAGUUGCAGAGCUAUGUUCCAUGAGAGAAGAUUCUUUAACUUCAAGCCUGUCUUGGGUUCCUUAGCUUAUGUCAAUACAGCUCAAUCUUUACAAUUUAUUUCAUGGCGCACUAAGUGUUCCACCGGAGGAGUUUCUCAUAAAAUCUCUGCUAGUUCUGAUUUUUCUAGAAAGAGUCGAAGAAGAUUCUCACCGAGGCCUAAAGGUUCUGCUCCAAAGGGGUUUAUCCCAAAAGCACCUGUGGAAAUUAGCACCCAGAAGAGGGAUCAAAAGAAUAAUGAUGAUAAAAAAGGUUCAGGCAUGCCAGUGUCGAGUGAAUAUGCAGGCUCCCCCAAGAAAACACCUGAAAGGAAAGUUGGUAUUAAGAAAGAGCCAGUAAAUGAUCUUCCUAGAAAUAGUCAAAUUGAGGAAGGAAAUGUUGAUGAAGCUGUGAAGGAAAUCAAAGAUAUACCAGGAGUGAGUGAAAAUUUGAGAGUCGCUAAUAACAGUCAAUUGGCAGGAAAUGGUAGUGUUGGUAGAGUUAGUGAUGAUGCAACUAUGUUGCAAAAGAAAGAAACAACUUUGGAAGCUGAUAUUGAGAAUGUGAAAGAUGAGUCAGCUGUCGAGGGAAAGCAUUUGAAUUCUGAUAAGAGCCUUGACUUUGUAAAAGAUGAAAGUGCUGAAAGUGAUAUAAAAGUAUCUGAAGAUGCUUCUCAAAAAUCAAAGAUGGAGAUGGAAGCCAAAGUAGAGUCGGCUUUCAAGGGAAAGCAUUUGACUCCUGCUAAGAGCAGUGACUUUGUAAAAGAUGAAGGUAUUGGGAGUGAUAUGAAAGUGUCUGAAGAUGCUUCUCUAAAAUCAAAGAUGGAGAGGGAAGCCAAAUUGAAGAUGGAGAUGGAAGCUAAACUAAGGAUGGAGAUGGAGACCAAAUUAAAGAAGGAGAUGGAAGCCAAAUUAAAGAAGGAGAUGGAAGCUAAAUUAAAGUUGGAGAUGGAAGCUAAAUUAAAGUUGGAGAUGGAAGCCAAAUUGCGUGAACAGGAAAUUGAGAAACUUGCUCAGGAGAACUUCCAGAGAGGAACCAAAAUGUUUGUUUAUCCGCAGGUGGUGAAAGCUGAUCAAGAUAUAGAGGUGUUCCUUAAUAGGAGUCUCUCCACUUUAAGUGAUGAGCCAGAUGUUCUGAUCAUGGGAGCCUUUAAUGAUUGGCGAUGGAAGUCUUUUACAGCCAGGUUGAACAAAACCCAACUCCAAGGGGAUUGGUGGUCGUGUCAGCUUCAUGUUCCUAAGGAAUCCUACAAGAUGGACUUUGUAUUCUUCAAUGGGCAAAACAAAUAUGAUAAUAAUGAUCAGAAAGAUUUCUGCAUAACUGUAGAAGGGGAAAUGGAUGUUUCUGCAUUUGAAGAUUUCUUGCUUGAGGAGAAACGUAGAGAACAAGAGAAACUUGCUGAGGAGAAAGCUGAAAGGGAAAGACAAGAGGAAGAGCGGAGGCGGAUAGAAGCAGAGAAGGCGGCUGAUGAAGCUGAUAAAGAGCAGGCCAAGAAGGAGACUGAAAGGAAAAGAGAAAUGUUGCACCAGUUGAUGAAAAAGGCUGCAAGGUCAGUUGAUAUUGUGUGGUACAUAGAGCCCAGUGAGUUUAAAGGAGAGGACUUAGUGAGGCUGUAUUAUAAUAGAAGCUCUGGUCCUCUUGCUCACACUGAUGAGCUCUGGCUACAUGGGGGGCAUAAUAAUUGGAAAGAUGGAUUGUCCAUUGUCAGUCGGCUUGUCGGCUCAGAGAAAACAGGCGGUGAUUGGUGGUAUGCUGAAGUUACUGUACCUGAUCGAGCCGUUGUGUUGGAUUGGGUCUUUGCUGAUGGACCACCCCAGAAAGCCAAUGUGUAUGAUAACAAUGGUCGUCAAGAUUUCCAUGCUAUUGUUCCAAAAACUGUUCCUGAAGAACUGUACUGGGUUGAGGAAGAACACCAGACAUACCGAAAACUCCGAGAGGAGAGGAGAAUAAGAGAGGAGGCUAUUCGUGCCAAGGCUGAAAAAACUGCUCGUAUGAAAGCUGAAACAAAGGAAAGAACUGUGAAAAGGUUUCUGUUGUCGCAAAAACAUAUAGUAUAUACGGAUCCGUUUGAUGUUAAAGCAGGAAGCACGGUGACAGUUUUCUAUAAUCCAGCCAACACAGUUCUCAAUGGAAAAUCUGAAGUUUGGUUCAGAUGUUCAUUCAAUCGUUGGACUCACCGUAUGGGUCCUUUGCCACCUCAGAAGAUGUUGCCUGUGGAGAAUAGUUCUCAUGUCAAAACCACUGUCAAGGUUCCAUUGGAUGCAUACAUGAUGGAUUUUGUAUUCUCUGAGAGGGAAGAUGGGGGAAUUUUUGACAACAAAAAUGGCAUGGAUUACCAUAUCCCUGUCUCUGGAAGUGUUGCAAAGGAGCCACCAAUGCACAUUGUGCAUAUUGCUGUUGAAAUGGCUCCCAUUGCAAAGGUUGGAGGUCUUGGUGAUGUCGUCACUAGUCUAUCCCGUGCUGUUCAAGAAUUAAAACACAAUGUGGACAUCAUUCUCCCAAAGUAUGACUGUUUGAGACAUGGCAAUGUGAAGGACUUUCAGUAUCAAAGAAGCUAUCACUGGGGUGGAACAGAGAUAAAAGUUUGGACUGGAAAGGUGGAAAGUCUUUCAGUCUACUUUUUGGAGCCUCAAAAUGGAUUCUUUUCGACAGGCUGCAUAUAUGGCUGCAGGAAUGAUGGGGAGAGGUUUGGUUUUUUUUGUCAUGCUGCACUUGAAUUUCUACUUCAAGGCGGAUUUCAUCCUGAUAUUCUUCAUUGCCAUGAUUGGUCAAGUGCUCCUGUUUCCUGGUUGUUUAAGGACUACUAUAUGCAUUAUGGUCUUAGUAAAACUCGGGUUGUCUUCACAAUACAUAACCUUGAAUUCGGGGCACAAUUGAUUGGGAAAGCUAUGGCAUAUUCGCACAAGGCUACCACAGUAUCUCCCACUUACUCGAAAGAGGUUGCUGGACAUCCUUCGAUUGCUCCUCAUCUCUACAAAUUCCAUGGCAUAAUAAAUGGAAUCGAUCAGGAUAUAUGGGACCCAUUUAAUGAUAAGUUCAUUCCUGUGUCAUAUACUUCAGAAAAUGUUGAUGAAGGCAAAAGAGCUGCCAAGGAAGCCUUGCAGCAAAGGGUUGGUUUGAAAAAGGCUGAUCUGCCUUUAGUGGGAAUUAUUUCUCGUUUAACACAUCAGAAAGGUAUCCAUCUCAUCAAGCAUGCUAUUUGGCACACCAUAGAGCGUAAUGGACAGGUUGCAUUGCUUGGUUCUGCUCCAGAUCCUCGUAUCCAGAAUGAUUUUGUUGAUUUAGCCAAUCAAUUGCAUUCUAGUCAUGCUGACCGUGCUCGUCUUUGUUUGACCUAUGAUGAGCCACUUUCACACUUGAUAUAUGCUGGAGCAGAUUUCAUUCUAGUUCCUUCUAUUUUUGAGCCCUGUGGACUGACACAACUCACUGCCAUGAGAUAUGGUUCAAUACCCGUUGUUCGGAAAACUGGAGGACUUUAUGACACUGUGUUUGAUGUUGACCAUGAUAAAGAGAGAGCAGAAGCCCAAUGUCUUGAACCAAAUGGAUUUAGUUUUGAUGGCGCGGAUACUGCUGGAGUGGAUUAUGCUCUCAAUAGGGCUAUAUCUGCUUGGUAUGAUGCUCGGGAAUGGUUUAACUCUUUACGCAAGAAAGUGAUGGAGCAAGACUGGUCUUGGAACCGGCCUGCUCUUGACUACAUGGAGCUUUACCAUUCGGCUCGCAAAUAUUGAUUAUGCACGGAGAGUGUGCUGCAGAUAAUUCCCAUCGUAGCUUGUACAGAUUCAGAUAAUUGCAUAUAGUUUACCAGUCAGAUUCUUUCAAGGUGACCCAAGUAAUUUUGUGUAACAUAAAGCGGUAGGUCAGUUUCACGAUAUUGUAUUUUUCAGAUCAUUGUUACCUCAUGUCUCAGAAUAAUGAAAAAGUGAAUCAAGAAUAAAAGAAAUGGAAAUUAAAAAAAAAAAGAAAAAAUCUUUUAUGAACUUUAAUCCAGCAUUUGCUUCCUGAUAUUGCAGACAGCUUAAAUUUCUCCCAGAAACUUUAUUUUGGUCCUGCUAUCAGUCUUUCUAGAGCUUGGUAUCAAAGUUCAAUUGAUUAAACAACAUUUCUAGAUUAAUACAUGAAGUGGUGCUGACCAACCACAAGAAAAUGUUUUUCCAGGCUAAAUGGUGAUGAUUUUGAUAA